CUGAUGAAGAGGGUCGGUCUGAAGGCGGGCGGCGGCGCACAGCAAGGUAUUGGUCGGCCAGGUGUAUGCCAUGCAGUGGUGGUCAUAUUUCUGGAAUUCUUUGCCUGGGGGCUCUUGACAACUCCAAUGCUAACGGUCUUACAUGAAACGUUUUCCCAUCAUACAUUUUUAAUGAAUGGUCUUAUUCAAGGUGUUAAGGGUUUUUUGUCCUUUCUCAGUGCUCCUGUAAUAGGUGCUCUAUCAGAUGCAUGGGGAAGAAAACCAUUUCUUCUUCUUACAGUUUUUUUCACCUGUGCUCCAAUUCCAUUAAUGAGAAUAAGUCCAUGGUGGUACUUUGCUGUGAUUUCGGUAUCUGGAAUCUUUUCUGUUACCUUUUCGGUAAUAUUUGCUUAUGUAGCUGAUGUAACACAAGAAGACGAAAGAAUCACAGCCUACGGACUGGUUUCUGCCACCUUUGCAGCAAGUUUGGUGACGAGUCCUGCCAUUGGUGCAUACCUGUCUGCCAGCUACGGAGAUAACCUUGUCGUACUAGUGGCAACAUUGGUGGCAGUUGUGGACAUCUGCUUCGUUGUGCUAGCUGUACCAGAAUCUUUGCCAGAAAAAAUGAGACCUACUUCAUGGGGAGCUUCUCUAUCAUGGGAACAAGCAGACCCUUUUGCAUCUCUGAAGAAAGUCAGAAAAGAUACUACGGUCCUUCCAAUCUGCAUUACAGUUUUUCUCUCCUAUCUGCCUGAGGCUGGCCAGUAUUCUAGCUUUUUUUUGUACUUGAGACAGAUUAUAGGUUUUGGAUCUGCUAGCAUUGCGGCCUUUAUAGCUGUGGUAGGCAUUCUGUCUAUAAUUGCUCAGACUGUGUUUCUCAGUAUCUUGAUGAAGUCUAUAGGGAAUAAAAAUACAGUUCUCCUUGGCCUUGGCUUUCAAAUCCUUCAGUUGGCUUGGUAUGGUUUUGGAUAUCAGUCUUGGAUGAUGUGGGCAGCAGGAGCUAUAGCAGCAAUGUCAAGCAUUACGUUCCCAGCAAUCAGUGCUCUGGUUUCACGAAAUGCAGAGUCAGAUCAACAAGGUGUUGUCCAAGGAAUAAUAACUGGAGUAAGAGGUCUGUGCAAUGGCUUGGGACCAGCACUCUAUGGCUUCAUUUUCUUUCUCUUUCAUGUGGAGCUCAAUGAAUUGCCACCUGAUCAGACUUCUGGAAAAAAAACAAUGCAAGAUCCCAGUGAUGAGAGAGCAAUCAUUCCUGGUCCACCCUUCCUGGCUGGAGCAUGCAUUGUUCUUCUGGCUUUUCUAGUUGCCUUAUUUAUUCCAGAGCACAGCAAAGCCAGCAGUAUCAGAAGAUGCAGCAACAAUAUCAGCAAUACUCUGAGUAACAAUCUAGACCAAAGUAAUGAAGAGGACAUAGAACCAUUGCUGCAAGAUAGCAGUGUAUGAAGGCUAACUUCUGAGGAGACUAUGGAACAAAUUCAUGCACUAAACUGCAUCUCUGGAAGCUCAGUGGGCUGUACAGAGUACCUGGCUUCUGAAAGGAAGGCAGCUAUGUACAAGAGAAGGUCACAUGCUGUACAGUACUUGAGGCUGAUACUAUACUUGCAGGAGGGUUCAUUUAACAGGGCAGGUCACAGGUGUGAUUCUACCCAAUAUUGGACUGCAAAUACUAACUCAAAUCCUAGUAUUGAAUAGCAGCCCAAAUAGGCAGACAUCAUGGAUUUAUUUUUAAAAAGUUUGAUGGUUUAGUUCCCAAAGUUGUAUGCAAAAUAAUCAGGUUUGAGGCAGGAGUUUCUGCCACCACUGUUUUGCAUUUUGUAUGCCUUUUGUCUGCAUAUAUGCCACGUGUAGUUCUCACAAUGUGAGAGGGACCCAUCUAUAUUGUCCUAGUAUCUGAAAUAGUGAUUAUCAGUAAAAGUAAUUAAAUUUCAUAAAGAUACCUUCUCAGUAUAUAAUAAUGGGAAGUCCAGUAGUUGCCAGAAAGCAAUGAUGAAACAGAAGUGACUUCUGAGGGUAUGUGAUCACACAUGACAGUCAUUAUCCAUAAAUGAAGGUCAUAGUGAAGUCUUAAACCCACAUUUCAGAACCAUCAGUUCUCAGUAGUUUACGCAAAUCCAGGUGGCACCUGAAAGCACUGGUCACAUUAAGGUUUUGCUGAUAAAAAGUAGAAUUUUAAUUAUAAUAUCAGCAGUGUCAGAAAUGUGAUACUUCUGAAGCAAGAAAAACUGGGUGCCAGAGUAUUUUACAUCAAAAAUUAUGUAUAUUUAUUGCAUUUUGUGACUUUAUCUGCCAUAUGAAAUAAUCUCUCCUAUUAAUUGUUUUCACUCCUGCCUUAACUGCUACUUAGUGUCCAAUUUUUAAUCAUAUUUAGCCUUCCUAGCCACUGUCUUGCCUGCUGAGUCUCAUGGAUGUAUUCGUAACAAAUUUCCUUUGUGGGGGAUGCUUUAAAGACAUUAUGAAUGGCUACAAAUGUGCUGAUUUUUAAAGACAUUUUAUGAAAAAUACAGUUUUAUAUGUAUUUUACUGCAGUGUAAAUGAACCAUGAAACCCAAUUUUAAUGAAAUAUCCCUAUUGAAUGUUUUAUAUGUAUGCAAUAUAUGUAGAUAUUUGUAAGGAGUUCUAAUUUUUCCAA